AUGAAGAACUUUGAAGAAAUCCAAGUGCUAGGUGAUGGCGCUUUUGGCGUAGUGACAAAGUGCAGGGAUAAGGAAACAGGAGAAAUCGUAGCAAUUAAGAAAAUGAAACAAAAAUUCGUUAAAGAUUUUAACGAAUGUUUACAACUCAAAGAAGUCAAGUCAUUAAGAAAAAUCAAACAUGAGAACGUCGUCAGAUUACUUCAAUUAUUCAGAGAUAAUGAAUAUUUUUACAUGGUUUUCGAAUGUUGUGGUGAAUCGUUAUUAAAAACGAUGUCUAAAAGGACAACAAGAUUUAGCGAGUCCGAAAUUCGUUAUAUAAUGCAUCAAUUUGUUACAGGGCUUGCAUAUGUUCAUAAACAAGGCUUCUUUCAUCGAGAUAUUAAACCAGAUAAUUUACUUUGGUGCGGUAAAACAUUGAAAAUAGCAGAUUUUGGUCUAGCAAGAGAGAUCAGAAGCAGACCACCAUACACUGAAUACAUAUCUACUCGUUGGUACAGAGCUCCUGAAAUUAUUUUACGACAUAAGUCCUAUAACUCUCCUGUAGACAUCUGGGCAUCUGCCUGUAUCAUGGCCGAACUGUAUAUGGGCAAGCCUUUGUUCCAGGGAACCUCAGAAACAGAUCAAAUGUAUAAGAUUUGCCAGAUCAUGGGAAAUCCUUCUGUUCAACAAUGGCCUGAUUGCGAAAAGUUAAUUCUACGUCUUGGUUUUCGUUUACCUCAAGCAACUGCCGUUCCAUUAAAGACUUUGAUGCCGGAAGCUUCAGAUGAAGCAAUUGACUUGAUGUACAAGAUGCUUAUGUACGAUCCGUCAAAGCGCCCUAGCGCUCAGCAGGUUCUGGCCCAUCCUUUCUUUAAUGGUCCGAUGGAUUGUCCAGUUUCUGAAGAACCAAGCCAACCAGUAGAAGAACCAAAGCCACAAGUUGAACAACAGAAGAAUAUACAGCUAAUCAGGACACAACCGGAGUUCAAAACCGAUUCUUUCCUCGAUGAGCCGAAAAGAAACACUUUUGAGGCCAAAUACAACUUACCGAUAUUCAAUGCUCCAUUACCAAAGCCAGCGGCAACUCCAAGUCGCUUGAAUGGAAUUCUAAACAAGACAGAUCUUCCUCAUCGCCACAACGGAAAGAUGAAUCCACUUACUAAUAACCUAUUCAUGGCAAGACCAAUGCAAGGAAUAAUCCCAUCAAGGCCAAUCCCUGAUGGAUCCAAAUCUGCAAAACCAGAAUUUAAUUUUGAAGACGAUGACGAUUUCGAUAUUGACGAAUUCCUAGAAAAUGAUUAUUAA